CUACUGUGAUAUAUGUUUAUUCUCAACUAUGAAGGAGACAGAAUUGCGGAGAGCAGCAUAUAUAGUGGGCCGGUUGUUCAUCAAUGGCUACUACUAGUAUAUACCUAGCCAGCAGUAACAAGAAAAAUAGGGAUAUGGAAAGAAAAGGAAGCAUAUACAUAUACCAUAAAACACCAAUCCAAUCCAUCAACUCCGAAAAUAAGUAACCAAACAGUCAGAUCCCGUCCGACGCAGACAAAAUAACGCUUUUCACAGCUUGUAUAUAUGAACCGGACACACAUGGCGUAUAAACAAUCAAACAAUCAGCAAUGCAUGUGCGUAAGUACCCCCAGACCCAAAACAUUUGGGGAACAAGUAUAAUAAUCAUGAAACAUCCCCAAUGGAAGGAUGCAUAUAUCCCUUAUCAGGCAGCAUCAUGUCUCGUAAAAAGUACAUCGUUAUAGUGCGUAAUAAUAGCUCGACAAUAAUCUCUUAAAGCCGUUAAGUCGUCGAAUCGAUCAAACAAUCGUAGUCUCGUGGUUUUCGUGACAGGAGUGCUUCUAUGAAAGCAGAAGAAAGUUGGGCCACUUUCAAUUCGGGAGUUUAGCCCUCAGCUUCACCACCGCUUUCCUCGUCAACUGCGCGUUUCCGGGAGUGCGCGAUGCGGUUUUUCAUUGUAUGGAUGAAGUAUCCAGCGAUGGCAAGGAUGAUGAAUAGGACGAUGAUGAUGACGGCGAUGGCAAUGUUUUCUUUCAUUUUGUCUUUUUCUUUCCUGUAUGUUUUGGUUGUGGUAGGUCUCUUUCAAAAUGGGAGAAUAAAGUUCGAAAAGACGUGGUCUCAACUGUUCCAACAGAAAUGGAAAGAGGUGGUUUUUGUUGCGGUGGUGGUGGUGGUGGUAGUGGUGGUGGAGAUGCAGGUAUAGAUCCCAAUCGAUUUAUCGAUAAGAUAUGGAUAUGGAUAGCCGAUCGGAAUGUAGAUAGUAAACAAUGGGUGUGGAAUUCCACCCUGACAGAGCUUGUAUAUAGAAAACCCUGAACAACCCCAAUUCAGAU